AUGUGUGUUCUAACACUUGCAGUGUCCCUCCCAUCUCUCAAGCCUCCUCCUUGCGGCUCCGGCACCGUCGACCCAACUUGCACCACCAAAGCGUCCUCCUUUCAACUCUUCAUCUUCUUCUUCGGACUCUAUGUCAUCGCUCUCGGCACGGGCGGCACGAAGCCCAACAUCUCCACCAUCGGUGCCGAUCAAUUCGACGAGUUUGACCGACGAGAGCGCAAGCAUAAGCUAUCCUUCUUCAACUGGUGGAUGUUCAGUAUUUUUUUUGGCACGUUGUUUGCCAAUUCCUUUCUCGUCUACGUUCAAGAUAAUGUGGGGUGGACUCUGGGCUAUGCGCUCCCCACUCUCGGCCUUCUGAUCUCAAUCAUGAUUUUUGUCGCCGGCACGCCAUUCUAUCGUCACAAGCCGCUGGCCGGAAGUCCGUUUGCGAAAAUGAUGCAGGUGGUGGUGGCAGCAAUGAAGAAGUAUGGAGUAAGCCUGCCCGCUGAUCCCAAGGAGCUACAUGAGCUUGGCCUGCAUGAGUAUGCGGGCAAUGGCAAAGUUCGGAUUGGUUACACUCCUUCAAUGAGAUUUCUUAGCAAAGCGGCGAUCAAAACAGGAAAAUCCAGCAGCCCAUGGUCUCUCUGCACGGUGACGCAAGUAGAGGAAACCAAGCAAAUG